AUGAUCCUGCUGACCGUCAUCGCCGGCUGCGCCAACGCCGCCCUCAUCGUGGUCAUAACAAAUGUUGCAAAAUCUGUUGCCAACGCGGAGCGUCCCGAUCUGGUCGCAUGGAUGUCCUUUCUGGGUGCUUUCGGGCUCUACUACCUGGCCAAUCAGUUCGCGCUUGUUCGGUCCAUGGCGAUCAUUGAAGAUCUGCUGAACCAGUUGAGGCUGAAGGUUGCCGACAAAUUGCGGAAGUCAGAGCUGCCCGUCGUCGACCGGCUUGAUCGGGGGCGGCUUUACAAUCUGGUAGCGAAGGAAACCAACCAUCUUUCGGUAACGUUCCCGCUUAUCGUUGAUGCGGUCCAGCAGGUCGUCCUGCUGUUCGUGGCAGUGCUUUAUCUUCUUUAUCUCUCACCCGCCGCCUUUUUUGUCUUUGGGGCGACCGUCGGGGCCGGCGUUAUCGGUUUCAAGGUGAUCGACAGCCGGUACCGUCAGAUCUUGAAGUUGGUGGAGCGGAUGCAGGCAGAAAUGCUUGAUGCCAUCCUCGACACCAUCAGCGGCAGCAAGGAGCUGCGGCUCAGCGCUGAUCGGAGCGAUGCGCUUGGCAAGGCCUACCGCAAACGCUCCACGCUUCUGGAGCGCCUGCUGGUCCGUUCAGUCGAGCAUUGGGUAUCCUUGAUCAUGCUCGGUAGCGUGACCAUGUUCACGAUGCUGGGCGUCGUCGCUUUUGCAUUUCCAAAAUACAUAGCAGGGCACAACGCGACGAUCUUUCAAUUGGUUCCGGUCCUGCUUUUCUGCAUGGGAACCUUGGCAAAGACCGUUACUCAGUCGCCUAUGUUUAUCCGCGCGGAAGUCGGUUUGCAGUCGAUCCUGUCCAUUGACCGGGAACUUUCGUCCGGUUCCAGCAUUUCGCCGGAGCAGGCCCGCUCGCUCGGCAAGGAAUAUCUCGAUUUUUCAAAGAUAACGUUCAACGGCAUCCGUUUCAGCUACGAUCCCAUGGAUGAGGAGGCAUAUGUCGUUGGUCCGUUGAACCUCACAGUGUCACGGGCAGAAAUCAUCUUUCUGGUUGGCGGCAAUGGGAGCGGCAAGUCGACCGCAUUGCGAAUGAUGACCGGUCUCCUUCCCUUGCAGUCGGGUUGGAUCGGUGUUGACGACAAGACAGUCACGGGCAAGGCGGUCGCCGGAUAUCGCGAACUUUUCUCUUCGGUCUUUGUCGACUUUCAUCUUUUCGACCGGCUGUAUGGUCUGGAAGGCAUCGAUCCGGGACAGGUCAAUCAAUUGCUUGCCGAGAUGGAGCUUUCCGGGAAGGUUACAUUUGAAGAUGGGCGUUUCAAUCGGCUUCAGUUGUCGACGGGACAGAGAAAGCGCCUGGCGUUGAUCGCGGCCAUUCUCGAAAACAGGCCGGUUUAUGUGUUCGACGAAUGGUCGGCUGAACAGGAUGUCCAGUUCCGCGACCAUUUUUACAAUGGCAUUCUUCCCGAGCUUCGCAGGCAGGGGAAAACUGUCAUAGUUACAACCCAUGAUGAAAAGUACUGGAAAGUCGCAGACCGACGCCUGGGAAUGGGGCAAGACAUCUUCGUCCGUUUCAAGGACUUGAAAGAACAGGCGGACGAUAUUCUUGGUUAUGAUCUGGCCAGACUUUGCAAAGAUGGGCCGAUCGAAAAACUCAGCCAGACCGAAUAUACUCAACCGGCGCUAUACGCCGUUAACAGCCUGCAAUAUCUGAAAUAUCUGGAAGACGGCGGUCGCACGCCGGAAUAUUUGCUCGGGCAUAGCGUGUCGGAAUAUGCCGCCCUGUUUGCAGCUGGCGUACUGGAUUUCGCAACGGGUUUGAAAAUCGUUGUGAAGCGCGGUGAACUCAUGUCGGAGGCGCAAGGCGGCGGGAUGGCUGCGGUCCUUGGCCUGAAAGCAAAUGAGAUUGAAGCGAUCCUCAGAUCCGAGGGUAUCCAUGACGUUUUUGCCGCGAAUUACAACACGCCCAAACAGAUCGUUUUGUCGGGCAUAAAACAGUCGGUGAUCGGUGCUGAACGGCAGUUCGUUGAUGCGGGCGCGUCGCACUACAAGGUCCUGCAGGUCAGCGGUGCAUUUCACACACCUUUCAUGGAGAAGGCGUGCCGGAGGUUUGCUGAGUUCAUAUCCUGUUUCGAAUUCGAAAGUCAGAACAUCCCGGUCAUCUCGAAUGUUACCGCCAGGCCGCAUGUGGAUGCUGAUAUUGCCGCGCGCAUGAUCGAGCAGGUGACAUCGCCGGUCCGCUGGAGCGAUAGUCUUCGCUACUUGCUCGCAAAGGGAGUUUCAUUUUCUGAUAUUCAGGAAGUCGGUCCGGAAGGCCCACCAAUCGUCCGGCCAAUGUUCAAACGAACCGAACUUGAGGCCGGCCCUUUGGAUAGUGCGGAACUGGCGGCGGAACUUCCUCCGCUGAUGGAGCGUCCCAAGACUGAAAAACAGGACGACAGCCACACCCGAGGCUUGGGCAAGCCGGUUGAAAUGAACGGCUCGGCCGUCAAAUUCAGUCAUGUUUCGAUGGAAAACAUCGGUUCUCGAGCGUUCUGUGAGGCCUUUGGGGUUCGGUAUCCUUAUGGCAGCGGCGCCAUGUAUCAGGGCAUCGCGUCCGCUGACCUCGUCAUUCGAAUGGCAAAGGCCGGUUUGCUCGGGAUAUUCGGGGCUGCAGGACUGCCGAUCCCGCAGAUCAAGGCUGCGAUUGCCAGGAUCAGGUCGAACAUUCCUGCGGGCCGGCCGUUUGGCGUCAACUUCAUUGCCCAUCUCAAUCGACCUCACCUUGAAGACGAGUUGACGGACCUGCUUCUUGCCGAAGGCAUUUCCGUGAUCGAAGCGUCCGCCUUUAUGGACGUAACGCAAGCGCUUGUCCGGUACCGGGCCAAGGGCCUGCGAUCAGAAAGUGGCAGAGUUCAGGCUGAUAACAGGGUAAUAGCCAAAGUCUCGCGUCCCGACGUUGCCAGCCAGUUUCUCCGCUCGGCUCCCGAACCAAUAAUCAAAAAACUCUUGCACGAAAAAGCGAUCACUGAAGAAGAAGCGGACCUGCUUCGGCGCGUGCCCAUGGCUGAUGCGAUUUGUGUAGAGGCCGACUCCGGCGGACAUACUGAUCAGGGUAUGCCGUUUGCCCUGAUCCCGCCUGUGCUGAAACUGAGAGAGGUUGCGGAAGAGGCGUUUGAUCUUUCGGGGAGAAUUUUUGUCGGAGCAGCCGGAGGAAUUGGAACUCCGGAGGCGGCCGCGGCAGUCCUGAUCCUGGGCGCCGAUUUCAUCAUCACCGGAUCGAUCAAUCAAUGCACUGUCGAGGCCGGUACCAGCGCUGCCGUGAAGGAUAUGCUUGCAGAUGUGAAUGUCUAUGACACCGCCUAUGCACCGUCCGGAGAAAUGUUUGAAUUGGGUUCAAAGAUACAGGUGCUGAAGAAAGGGGUCUUUUUUCCCUCGCGCGCAGAAAAGCUGGUUGCGACCUACCGCCAGCAUGACAGUCUCGAAACCAUCGAGCCAAAACUGCGCAGUCAGAUCGAGGACAGGUAUUUGGGCCGCAGUUUCGGUGAGGUUUUUGAACAGAUUGCAAAAGCCUAUCCGGCAGAAGAAAUCGAGCGGGCGCAACGUAUGCCCAAGCACAAGAUGGCGCUGGUUUUCAAACGUUAUUACCGCGAUACGACAGAUUGGGCUCUGAAGGGGAUGACCGAGCGCAAGGUUGACUUCCAGGUUCAUUGCGGACCUGCGCAAGGGGCCUUCAAUCAAUGGGUGGCAGGGUCAUCCCUCGAGGCUUGGCAAAACCGGCAUGCAGAUGCCAUCGGGCUUCAUUUGCUGGAGCAGACAGCGGAUCUGUUGAACCGCCGCUUGUCGACCUUGGACGGCUUCUGGGAGCAUUUGGCUGCUGAGCGCUCUUUGAUCACGGAAGUGCCUGCGGAACGCUGGGAUGCAAAGGCGGUCUAUGGAAAUCCGGCAAAGGGCAACAAGACCAAUAGCAUCUGGGGUGGUUUUGUCGAAGGCGCGGAUUGUUUCGAUGCGGAAUUUUUCGGAAUUUCGCCUCGUGAAGCGGCGUGGAUGGAUCCGCAGCAGCGUUUUGCCUUGGAAAUGUCGUGGCAGGCCAUCGAAGACGGCGGAUACCGGGCGUCUGACCUGGCAGGCAGCCGUACGGGCGUGUUCAUGGGCGUGUGCCACUGGGACUACGCGGAACUUCUGGAAAAACACCUGACGGUUGUCGAUGCCUAUCUACCGACAGGCAUUGCAUUUUCGAUCAUAGCCAACCGGGUUUCUCAUUUUUUCGAUUUUCAUGGCCCCAGCAUCACCAACGAUACGGCGUGCGCGGCCUCCAUGACAUCCAUAUAUGAGGCCGUGCGGGCGCUCCAGGACGGAACAUGUGAUCUGGCUCUCGCCGGCGGGGUCAAUUUGAUUUGGUCCCCCAAUCAUUUCGUGGCCUUUUCCAAAGCGGGCAUGUUGUCCAAAGACGGCAAGAGCAAGGCGUUUGAUGAUGCCGCGAAUGGCUAUGUGCGCGGGGAAGGCGGUGCCGUUCUGCUGCUCAAACCCUUGUCACAUGCGCUUGCAGAUGCAGAUCCAAUUCAUGGCGUCAUCAAGGGCAUUGGAAUAAACCAUGGCGGUCGGACAAACUCGCUGACCGUCACCAGUCCGGACGCGCAAGCAGAGCUGAUCAAGCAGGUUCAUCGCGAGGCGGGUGUUUCACCUGAUGCCGUCGAUUUUGUCGAAGCUCACGGCCCAGGCACGCCACUUGGUGACCCGAUUGAAAUUGCCGGGCUGAAAGCAGCUUUUUCCGAGUUGGCUGCCGAAAACAAGGUGAGCCUGACGGCUGGGGCAUGCGGCAUAGGAUCCGUCAAGACAAACAUCGGUCAUCUGGAGGGAGCUGCCGGUGUGGCCGGUGUCGUCAAGGUGCUGGCCGCGCUCAAACAUGGUCGGCAGAUGCGAAGAUCGAUCGCCGCUGUUCCCUUGUCUGCAACAAGUACCGAGCGUUUGGCAGAAUACGCGGCACGGCUGCUAGAGUUUGCUGAAGAGAUCAAUCCAGACACCGUUCCGCUCGCCGACAUCGCGCGCACCUAUCAGAUGGCCCGUUAUCCCUUCGACAGAAAGCGGCACUGGAUGGAUCUGUCCCUGGGAGCCAAUGUAACCGGCACCCUCUGCAUUCGUGACUUUGCAGAUCAGGAGGUCGAGGACCUCGAAGAAUUGAUACGCCGCAUUGCGGAUCCUGUUGAGACGGACGUCUGUUACGACUGGCUUCGCCAGAGCGGCGUUGAUCACGGACCUGCAUUCCGGGCGUUGUCCAGGGUAAACCGAAGUGGUCAGGAAGUUCUCGCUCAGAUAAAGUUGCCCCGUCGUCUGAUGGCUUCUCUUGAGACGAUGCCGCUGCACCCGGUAUUGCUGGAUGCUGCAAUACAGGCGUGGGUUGCUUCCGGAAACGCGCCGCCAACGGGAGCCGGUGUCCCGUUUUCAUGUCAGCAGAUUGAAGUCCAUGGUGCCUGCGAGAUGGUGAUGUGGGCGCAUGUCCGGAUGCGUGAUGGCGCGCAGGACGCACCGGUUCGGCAACUGGAUAUCGAUUUGCUGGAUCGCAGUGGCGCGCGCAAAGUCAAAUUCAAGGGUCUGGUGUUGCGGGUCAUCGAUCACGACCAUCUGCUGGAGCCGGUUUCCGGCGCAGAUGAGGACCUGCCGCUGAUCGUGACUGACGGUGGAUGGCAAAGUCUUCCGUUAGAAGUCCGCGCUAGCGAUGUCGGUGACCGGCGGCUUCGGCUCCUCUUGAUCGGGAUUGAUGAGGUCGUUGCAGCCGAGCUUGUCAAUGCGACGGGUUGGAGCGUUGAGAGACUGCCGGAUGUGGGGGGACUUGAAGAUGCGGAAGCAGUUCAAGUCCUUUAUGCCGCAGGCUUUUCGGCUGUUCGGCAGUGCCUUGAAAAUCGAGCCGAAAAACUUGUCGACAUUCUCGUGCUGGCGGCGGAAGACGUUCCGGCGGUUGUAACUGCGCCGUUCGUUGGUCUUUUGAAAACCGCGAUGAUCGAAAGCCCCAGGGUCCGGGGACGUCUUGUUUCAAUAGCUGGAGACAUCUCCAUUGGCCGGUUGCGCGCCAUUGCGGGAGCAGAACACGCCGCUAGCGACGAAUUGGCUGAAAUACGGUACGACGCGAGCGGGAACCGAAGCGCCUGGCUUCCGGUAUCAAACGCCGUCCUUGGAGAAUCUGAACCCUUUCACGCCAAUUCGAACGGCGUUUACUGGAUCACGGGCGGAUUGGGUGGUUUGGGGCGCAUUUUUGCCGACUGGCUGUUUUCCAAGGGAGCGCGGAAGCUGCUCCUGACCGGUCGCAGCGACACGCCGCCCGGUGAUGCAGAACUGUGGAUGUCAGGUCUUCGCAAGAAAGGCGCACAAGUACAUUACUGGCCUUGUGACAUUUCCGAUUUGUCGGAUGUGGAACGUAUCUCCAUACGCGCUGACCGGGAAAUAGGUCCUUUGAAAGGGAUCAUUCAAGCGGCCGGUGUCCUGAAUGACGGGUUUAUCCGGCUUCAGGAUCCGAAGGCGGCUGAGGACGUCUUUGCACCCAAGGUCACCGGGACCGUCAACAUAGACAAGGUCACAAAAGACAUCGACCUGGACUUCUUUGUCUUGUGCUCCUCCAUUGCGUCGGUUUUCGGAAAUGCCGGUCAAGCCGCCUAUGGUGCAGCGAAUGCCUUUCUGGAUGCCUUUGCAGAACGUCGCGCAAAUGAUGUUCUGGCAGGCGGGCGGAAAGGCAAGGUGGUCGCAAUCGCCUGGCCCCUUUGGGCCGAUGGUGGCAUGUCCGUCGACAAGGCAACGCUGGGCGCUGUGAAAAAACGCCUUGGCCUGACGCCAUUGCCUCGCGAAGCCGGGCUAAAAGCGCUUGAAACGAUCCUCUCGGGGCAGGGCACACCACGUUGCACCGUUCUACACGGCGAUCUGGAGCGGAUCGACGAUGUUCUGGCCGAGUUUGGCCAGACACCGGAGGAUGUUGACGCAAGCAUAGCCAAGAAUGCGCGCGCGCCGACAAUUGCAGAACCAGUCACCGACACGGAGGCCCUCAAACGAAAAACCAUCGAGUUCGUGUGCGGAAUUCUCGCUGAUGUUCUGGAAAUGGAUGUUUCCCGGAUCAAAGCCAACCGCAAGCUGGAAGAAUACGGUCUGGAUUCGAUUGCGAUUGUUGAAAGCACCAGUCGUUUGGAAGAGGCGAUCGGCCCUUUGUCGAAAACGCUCUUCUUUGAAUUUGUAGACGUGGAUGGCGUUGCAAGCCAUCUCAUCGAAGAACAUGCCGCGGCGCUUCAACAGGCUCUUGGAGAGGAGACACCGGCGAGACAAUCCGCUGCCGCACGGAGCAGUGUCGGUGACCAGAUUGGUUCGCAGCCGAUCCCGGUCAAAACCGAUCCUGCCGGGCCGCAACCCGCCCGGGCCGGCAGCCAUGACAUUGCCAUUGUCGGCCUGUCGCUGCAUGUUUCGAAAGCCGACGAUCAGGACGCUUUCUGGAAAUUGCUUUCGGAAGGCAUCGACGGGUUUGAACCGGUUCCAAAGGACCGUUGGAACAAUGGCGCCCUUCAUCACGCAGAGCGGGAUGUUCUGGGCAAGACCGUCGUCAAGACCGGUGCGUUUCUCAAGGAUAUCGACAAGUUUGAUCCGCGUUACUUCCGCAUCUCAAAGGCGGAGGCGGAGUUGAUGUCGCCAGAGGUUCGGCUCUUCCUUCAGGCCAGCGUCGAAGCCUUCGAAGAUGCCGGUUAUUCGCGCGAAACCAUGGCCAGGCGCUAUGAUGGCGACGUUGCCGUGAUCGUUGGUUCGAUGACCAAUGAAUACGACCUCUACGGUUUUCAGAACAUGCUGAUGCGUGGCUCCCUCGCCAGUGGCAGCUACACCGGGACCGUUCCAAAUAUGGUGUCCUAUUUUUACGGUUUCACCGGUCCCUCUUAUUUCCUGGACACAAUGUGCUCGGCCUCGUCCUCCUGUGUCCAUGAAGCCGUUCACAUGCUGCGGGCAGGGCGGUGUAAAAUGGCGCUGGCUGGUGGCGUCAGCCUGCUUCUUCAUCCGCAAAAGCUGAUCGCGACGUCGCAGGAGCACUUCACUACCAAGUCCGCCGAUGUCAUUCGGGGCUACGGUCUCGGCGCGGAGGGCACGAUCCUUGGCGAAGGCGUCGGUGCGCUGGUUCUGAAGCCGCUUGCAGAUGCCGUACGCGAUGGAGAUCAUGUCUAUGGCGUCGUCACCGGCACAGGCAUAAGCAAUGCAGGUGUCCGCAACGGUUUCACCGUACCCAAUCCCAACCAGCAGGCGGUAGCAAUAGAGCGGGCGCUUGAGGACGCCGGUAUCGGACCGCAGACGAUUGGCUAUAUCGAAGGGCACGGGUCGGGAACCGCUCUCGGGGAUCCGAUUGAGGUAAAGGCCCUGACGCAUGUGUUCCGCAAACACACCGAUGCGGUGCAAACCUGCCCCAUCGGAACGGUCAAGAGCAAUGUGGCUCACCUUCUCGGCGCAUCCGGACUUGCCGGCCUGGUCAAAGUGCUGGCCCAGUUCAGACAUGGUCAGCUUGCGCCUUCGCUUCACGCCGAGACGCUGAACCCGGACAUUCCCUUUCAGACUUCCCCGUUUUUUGUCCAGCGUGCAUUGACCCCCUGGCGCCGGCUGAUUGAUGAAAACGGCGUCGAACUGCCGCGCCGGGCGGGUGUUACCUCCAUCGGUGCCGGGGGGAUGAACUCCCAUAUUGUUUUGGAAGAACACCGCGCGGCGGUCCGCGCGGCAGACCAGGGUGAACCUGACCUUCUGGUGUUCUCGGCGCUGGCACCGGAGAGACUGAAAGAAGUUUUGAAGCGCUUUGCCGCCUUUCUGGAACGCACGCCGGAUUGCCGCCUUUCCGAUGUGGCCUAUACGCUGCAGACCGGCAAAAACGAACUUUCCUGCCGGAUGGCAGUGGCCGCCACAAGCAUUUCGGAUGCGCGCACCCUCAUUGAGAGUUUUCUGGCAUCGGAUACGCCCGUAUCGGGCAUGAUGUAUGUCCCGAAUAUUCUUGAAACCGAUCCGCCGGAUGAUCUUGAGGAUGUGGCUACAGCUUGCGCGGAGCGGCAUUUGCAGACGGUCGCAAAAGCCUGGUGCCAUGGCGCACCCAUGGAUUGGGACCUCUUCAAUCUCGGCAGAGACGUGCGCCGAAUAUCCCUGCCUGCAUAUCCGUUCGAAAAGGUCCGGUGCUGGUAUCAGCAGGACGCCGAUGCUCCGUCGGUCGUCAAUCCGCUCGGGUCACGCUUCAAACUGCACCCUUUUAUUGGCGAAAACCAGUCGGAUGUGACCGGAUUGCGUUACCGCACAGUGCUUCACCUCAAAGAAUUGCGGGACUAUGUUUAUCUCGACGCGGGCCGGGAGACGGUCCUGCCAAUCGCCGCCGCGGAGAUCGCCUGCUCGGUGGCAAAAAUCUCUGGCGUUGCCGAAGAGCCGACACUGUCAAAUCUCGAAUUCCUGUUCACUCCGGUGUGGCCGGAAGUAGAGGAACUCCAGAUUGAAGUGAAGCCUCAAUCAGCGGACGGCUGCAUUAUCGAGAUCACCGUGGCGACGGUGGAUGGCAAACGCGUCAAGUGGGCCGAAGCGAGCGCUGCGCGUGGAGGCACGACAGGUGACAGCAGGUUCGACCUGGAGGCCUUGAAAAAUGCUUCCACCCGCCUUCUCGACGUCAAAGAUUUCUAUGGUCGCUUGAAAGAGCAGCGCCUCUCUUUUGCACCCUAUCUGGAGAGUGUGGAGGGUCUUUGGGAACUAUCCGGUGGCGGGGCCUUGUGCCGCCUGAAGGACGAGCCGCUGCAACAGGAUUUCUUCAAGAAAAACAUUUGCUGUCCAGCUCCAGCGCUUGCCGCCGCUUUUGAGUUGCUCCGCAUUGUGGUUCCCGCUGAAGCUGGAUCACUACUGCGAGAUACGCUUCAACGGGAUUUACGGGAAAAGGCCGCCGCAAUCCUGAAGUUUUCAGCCGCCGAUAUUGGAGCGCGCGAGACCUUCCAUGACCUGGGUUUCGAUUCCAUUUCCCUCGCGCGUUUCGCAAACGACAUCAGCCAGGCCUACGGCAUCGAGGUUUCACCGGCGGUAUUCUUCGAAUGUGAACAUGUAGAAGCGCUUACGUACCAUCUGAUCGGCCGGCAUGAUCUGAAACCUCCGGAAAUGCCCGAGGUUGCAGACACUCUGCGCGUGGCGUCUUCUGAUGGUCUGGAAGACGGGGGCAUGCGUGAAAGAAGCGCCCGGUUUUCGCGUUGGUCGGGUACACCUGAGGAGCCAGCACCGGAGAACCGGAUCGCAAUUAUUGGCAUGGCUGGCCGGUUUCCGCAGAGCCCAGAUGUUGAAACGUUCUUCGAUCAUCUGCUGGAGGGACACGAUUUAACGGGCGAUCUGCCCCUUGCCCGAUAUUCCCAAGUCUAUGCCGACAGGUUUGCAAAAGCGGGUUUUGCAAAGCAUGGCGGGUUUUUGAAGGAUAUUGACCGCUUCGAUGUGGCUUUCUUCAAUGUCUCGCCGGUCGAGGCCGAACGGCUUGAUCCUCAGCAGCGACUCUUGUUGGAAACCUCCUGGCGUACUCUGGAAGACGCCGGAUACAAGCCGCAGGACCUGCCACGCGAUACCGGUGUAUUCAUCGGCAUAACCUCGCUGGAUUACGCCGAACUGUGGCGUUCGGAGGACCUCCCGUCCGAUGGCUAUGUUGCCACUGGCAAUUCCCUCGCGAUGGCCGCAAACCGUAUUUCACAUCAGUUCGAUAUUCACGGACCGAGCCAGGCGAUUGAUACGGCAUGUUCCAGCUCACUCGUUGCAAUGUUGCGGGCUCGAGACACUCUGUUAAGUGGCAAAUGUUCGGCUGCCAUUGUCGGUGGCGUCAAUUUGUGUCUGGCGCUGGACGGCUUUGAAGGUCCGUAUCAGGCAGGAAUGCUGUCACCCACCGGUCGUUGCCACACCUUUGGGCAGGCCGCAGACGGCUAUGCGAGAGGCGAGGGUGUGGCAGCCCUUUUGCUGAAAAGGUUGGCCGACGCAGAACGCGACGGUGAUCGCAUCCACGGUGUGAUCGCCGGGGGCGCUGAAAACCACGGCGGCCGGUCGGGAGCUUUGACAGCUCCGAACGCCAAAGCACAGGCGCGGCUGAUCAUCGAGGCAAUGCAAGAUAUUGAUCCGAAGUCCGUCAGCCACAUUGAGGUGCAUGGCACAGGGACCGAACUGGGAGAUCCCGUUGAAAUCAACGGUUUGCGCCGCGCCUAUUCCGAAUUGCUGGGCGCUGAGCCAAUUGCCGCUCCCUGGAUUGGCCUUGGAACCGUGAAAUCGGCGAUCGGUCACCUGGAGGCCGCAGCCGGUAUCGCCGGUGUCAUCAAGGUGCUGAUGGCCAUGCGCCGGAACGAACUCCCACCCACAUUACACAGCGAGCCACGCAGUCCGCACAUCGAUCUGGAGGGCAGUCCAUUCAGGUUCGACGAGACCCGCUAUUGGCUGCCCGCUGCAAGGCGUGCUGAAAACAAUCGCGAAAAGAUGCUCUUUUCGGCGAAGUGGACAACAGCAGAGGCCGACCGGGCCGUAACCAGCCACAACCUGCUUCUUGCCGGCGGGACUAUCUUCGACAGAUAUACCGAUGCGGCCGAACAGCUUCUGGAAAUCCUGCGGCAGGAAAUGGCCUCCGGUGGCAAGGUCGUUGAGGUCCCGGUUGCCGGUUCGUCCGAGCAGACCCUGGUCUGGCUGAAGGAGGCUGCUGGCGAUUUGCACAGCGUGCGCACGUUGAUGUCUGUGACCCGAAGGCUGUCCGUGACCUUGCUGCCCAUAUCAUUGAGGAUCACUGCUGUCGACUGGCCCCUUUGGGCGGAUGGCGGCAUGUCUGCUGAUGACACGGUGAAAGACGCUCUUUACCGCCGGAUGGGGCAGUCCGCGCCUGUACACGAUGAUGCAGGUCUCGCGAACGCUUCAGGUCAGUUUAAAGACAAAGUGGUCCGGAAUCUCGGCGCUUUGUUCGCCGAGAUCAGCGGUCUUGCGGCAAGCGCGAUCAAUCCGCAAACGCCUUUGGAAGACUACGGCAUCGACUCGCUGAUGAUUACCAGGCUCAACAGCCGGUUGGAUGACGUCUUUGAAAAACUGCCCAAAACCCUGUUCUUCCGCUACCGGACGCUGCAUGAGGUCAGUACGUUCCUCGUUGAAACCCAACCCGUAGCAUGUGGAGUAUGGACGGGGGAAACGGCCGGGUCUGAACAGCCUUUAAGCCGACGCGCCCGCGUUGUGCCCACCUCCGGGAUACCGUCGUCAAGCCUCGCCGAUGAUGAACCGAUUGCCAUCAUCGGCAUGAGCGGAACCUAUCCCGAUGCAGCCAAUCUGGAAGAAUUCUGGGACAACUUGCUUGCCGGCCAUGACGCAGUCGGUGCUGUCCCCGAUGACCGCUGGGCGUUGGAGGAGGUCUUCGACCCCGAUCCCGACAAGGCCGUGGCGCAGGGCAAAAGCUACUGCAAGUGGGGUGCGUUUCUGGACGGUUUCGCCGAUUUCGACCCGUUGUUCUUCGGUCUGUCUCCGCGGGAGGCCGCAGGCAUGGAUCCGCAGGAACGGCUGUUUCUGUUGACCGCCUGGCAGGCUAUCGAAGAUGGUGGCUAUACGAGAGAUCGAUUGAAGGAAAUAGCCGGUACGGAGCACGGUGGUGCACGCGUUGGUGUUUUUGCAGGCGUGACCAAGACCGGGUUCGCGCUUUAUGGGCCAUUCCGGUCCGAGCACGGGGCGAUGGUGCGGCCAUCGACAUCCUUUGCCAGCCUCGCCAACCGGGUAUCGCACAUCCUGGAUCUCUCCGGCCCAAGUCUGCCUGUCGACACGAUGUGCUCGUCUUCGCUCUCUGCAAUCCAUGAGGCUUGCGGGCAACUGAGAAGCGGGAGUUGCGCCCUGGCACUGGCCGGUGGCGUCAAUCUUUAUCUGCAUCCAUCGAAUUAUGCUGAGCUAAGCGCGGCUCGAAUGUUGAGCCCGACAGGCCGGUGCCGGAGUUUUGGCGCAGGCGGCGACGGGUUUGUUCCCGGUGAGGGAGCCGGAUGCGUUCUGUUGAAACCAUUGUCCCGGGCCAUAACCGAUGGAGACAGAAUUCACGCGGUCGUUCGGGGCAGUGCCGUAAACCAUGGCGGCCGCACAAACGGAUACACUGUUCCCAACCCAGACGCGCAGCGGGAUGUGAUAGACGCCGCCCUUGACCGAUCCGGGCUCAAGGCGGGCGACAUCAGUUACAUCGAGGCGCACGGGACCGGAACGGAACUUGGCGAUCCAAUUGAAAUCGAUGGAUUGACUCAGGCAUUUGGCGUUGUAACGGAACAUGCCGGUUCGUGUGCACUGGGAUCGGUGAAAUCCUCGAUAGGUCACCUGGAAGCUGCUGCUGGGAUCGCCGGCUUGACCAAGGUGGUUCUGCAAAUGAAGAACCGGGUGCUCGUUCCCAGUCUGCAUGCGGAGCGGAUCAACCCGAAUAUCGCUCUGGAGGAAACACCAUUUGUAAUUCAAAGGGAGGCAGCAACUUGGUCGUCCCGGUCACCGAGAAGGGCCGGGGUAUCUUCCUUUGGCGCGGGCGGCGCGAAUGCUCAUGUGAUUUUGGAAGAAUGGGUAGACCAGAAUGGCCCUUCUUCGAGUGGGGAUGUCGCUGAAACACCGCAACUGAUUUUGAUGUCAGCACAAGACCCCGGCAGGCUGAAAGAGUAUGUGAAGCGGCUGCUCGGAUUUUUGAAGAAUUCUCCUUUGCCGAACCGGAAGUCUUUUAGUGAAAGCGUGUCACCUGAAGAAGUUCAGGCUGAACUCGGCCGUAUCCUGGCAAUUGAUCCGGCACAGAUUGACCCCGAGGAAGAUUUCGAUGCUCUUGGACUGGAAACAUCACAUAUUCCUGCUUUGCAAAACUGGUGCGAAAAGACCUUUGGGUGCCGCCCAACGCCUGCGGAUUUGGAUAUGUCCCGCUCGAUCAAUGGUCUGCUUGAGCUAAUUGCGUCGAAUUCUGUUGACCAGGGAUUUCCCCGGACUGCUCCCAACCUUGCCGAUAUCGCCUAUACGCUGCAGAUCGGCCGUGAAGCGAUGGACUGCAGGCUUGCCCUUGUGACGGCUAGUGCGGAUGAGCUGCGGAACGCGCUUGAUGCCUGGCUGAAAGAUGAAGAGCCGUGCGUCCCGCACGCGCAGAGUAUUCAGAAUUCGAGGAAAGGCGCGCUUGGUGCGCUGGCGGCUGAUCAGGUAAUCGGGGAUGUUGUCGAAAGAGCCUGGGAAACCGGCCAUCUGGAAACAGUUGCCCGCCUUUGGGUCGAAGGCGUGAAUGUGGAUUGGGAACACUUGCCAGGGCAUCGUUCCGGGCUCAUCGUUUCUUUGCCAACCUAUCCUUUUGCAAAAAACAGAUACUGGCUCCCCGGAAGUGUAACUGGACUGGAAAACGCGGUGCCCCACACCGCCCCAAUCGAAGUCGCGGACAUUCGUCAGAGCGUUGAGGAAAAGCGAGGCGACGUUGGGCUGCUUCAACACCAACAGCAUCUGGAAGCUGCGGCCUCCCGCGUUUUGGCGGCGGUUCUGAACGAAGUUCGAGACGACGAGGUGACGCUGCCGUUCAAGAAAUGGCUUGGCGCGGCGCGAUCCCUGAUAUCAAACGGGCCUGGCGAAUGCGAUGAACCUCAAGCGUGGACCGCUUGGGAAAAGGCCAGACAGGCAGGCAAGUCGCGGGCACAAUUUGAAUUGGCAGAAACGGCCCUGCGGUCGUUGCCGGACAUCCUGACCGGUAGAAAAAAAGCCACCGACGUUCUAUUCCCAGAUGGGCGUCAAUCUCUUGUAGAAGCGGUCUACAAGGAGAACCAGGUGGCUGCGCGCUUCAGUCAAACGGUCGCGGAAACCGCCGGAAAAAUUGUGGCGGCAGACAACACUCCAGGGCGCAAAUUCCGAAUUCUGGAAAUCGGAGCAGGGACGGGUGGUACGAGCGAACCCGUGUUUGAAGCUUUGGCCUCCCAUCGGGACAGGAUUGCCGAAUAUGGAUAUUCGGACGUGUCACGGGCAUUUUUGAUUCACGCCGAACGGAAUUAUGCCGACCGGGUUGCCGGUUUGCGUCCGAUGCUGCUGAACAUUGAAAAACCGCUCUCGGAACAGGGUAUCGAAUCCGGGUGCUAUGACAUUGUGAUUGCUGCGAACGCUCUACAUGCAACAGCGGAUAUUUCCAGCAUGAUGGCAAGGGUGCGUGAAACGUUAAGGCCGGGCGGUCUCCUGCUCUUAAACGAAACCAGCAGACCCACCGUCUUCACGCAUGUGACUUUUGGUUUGCUGGACGGUUGGUGGCGUUUUGUCGAUGGAGACCGGCGUAUCCCGGGGUCGCCCUCGCUGACGUCCGAAGGUUGGCGAGAGGCGCUUGAGGCAAACAGCUUUGAGUGGGUCUGUUGUUCUUCUGCCCAGGAACAGGAGUUAGGGCAACAGAUUAUCGUUGCCAAAGCAGAUCAAAGGCCGCUUGAGGUUUCUGGCCUUGCACUCCCUUCCGAAGCGUCUGGUGAAACGGAUGUGACCGUUCGCGACCGCCUGUUGGCGGCGUUGGGUGAAACGCUCAACAUCGUGCCUGCGGCCAUUGAAAUUGAGCGCAGUUUUGCCGAUUACGGUCUGGACUCGAUAUUGGGUGCCGAGUUCGUUCACCGUUUGCGCACGACAUUUGGAAUUGAGAUCGAUCAGACCGUUCUCUUCGAUUUUACAAAUGCUUCCAGAUUGCUGGCGCAUUUGCUCAGCGGCUAUCCCGGGAUUUCAGAACAAAGUGAAAAGGCAGCCUUCGAAUCCCGCGACACACUUGCCGCCUCUGCCGCGCAACCGUCAGCGGAUCCCCAGAUCACGGCCGCUGCACCGAGUGAGACCGAUGAGUCGAUAGUGAUCGUUGGCGCAAGCGGCCGGUUCGCAAAAUCACCGACGAUGGACGAUCUUUGGCACCAUCUGAUUGCAGGUGAAGACCUGGUUGAGCCGGUGAGGCGCUUCGAUCUGUCGCCGUUUCACCGGGAUGCCGAAGCGGGGAACUAUGGCCGGCAUGGCAGCUUCCUGGAUCGUAUCGAUGGCUUUGAUCCGGUAUUCUUCGGAAUUUCCGGCGUUGAAGCGACCUAUAUGGAUCCACAGCAACGGCUCUUCCUGGAAGAGGCGUGGAAGACGCUGGAGAGCGCCGGACAUGCAGGCGAGGAUAUCAUCGGUCGUCGCUGUGGCGUGUUCGUGGGCUGCGCGCAUGGGGAUUAUCAGGAACUUUUUGAUGAGCAGCCGCCGGGCCAGGCGUUCUGGGGGAACACGACGUCGCUUAUCCCGGCGCGUAUUUCCUAUUGGCUUGAUCUGAAAGGACCGGCAGUCGCCAUUGAUACAGCUUGCUCAAGUUCCCUCGUUGCACUGCAUUUGGCUUGUCAGAGCCUUCGAAACGGGGAAUGCGACCUGGCGCUGGCAGGCGGCGUUUUCGUUCAGUGUUCACCGCGCUUUUUCCGCUAUGCGAAUGCGGCACGGAUGUUGUCAUCGACCGGCCGCUGCGCCGCCUUCGGUGCCAGCGCCGACGGUAUCGUUCCGGGAGAAGCCGUCGGAGCUGUUCUCCUGCGGCCACUCAAGGAUGCGCUGAAAGAUGGUGAUACGAUCCUCGGUGUAGUGGCCGCGUCAGGGACCAAUCAGGAUGGCACCACCAAUGGCAUCACUGCGCCGAGCGCAUCGUCUCAGGAGCGUUUGAUCCGUCAGGUCUACGAGGAAAAUGCCAUUGAUCCGGGCACCAUCGACUAUGUCGAGACUCAUGGCACGGGAACCGUUCUGGGAGACCCGAUAGAGCAUGCAGCUCUCACCCGGGCAUUUGGCAAAAACAAUCGGCGUAAAGUCUAUCUUGGAGCGGUGAAGUCGAACAUUGGGCAUGCGACCACAGCGGCGGGAAUUGCAGGCCUUGCCAAGGUGCUCUUGAGCUUGCGCGAGCAAACUAUUCCCCCGAGCAUCCAUUUCGGCAAAGGUAACCCGGCCAUCGAUUUCCCUUCCAGCCAAUUUGCGGUCAAUACGCAACCGGUGGCGUGGCCAAAGGGUGGGGGCAAGAAACGCAGGGCGGCGAUCAGUUCGUUUGGUUUCAGCGGCACCAAUGCCCACGCGGUCAUUGAGGACGCGCCGGACAGGAAGGAAGAACCGGAACCCGCCGGUGAUCUGCUGUUUGUGCUUUCUGCCCGUACCCAAGAUCAACUGAAGGCACAGGCUGAAAACCUGGUCAUCCAUCUCGAAAAGCCUCAUGAGCUCCUCGCCGAAGAUGUGUCAUUCACGUUGAUGGUUGGCAGACGGUCAAUGGCGCACCGGCUGACACUUGUCGCAAGUGGCCUGGACGACGUCUGCCAGGCCUUGAGAACAUGGCUGCGGGGGCGCGCGGACAGCGGAGUGGAAUCCGGAGAGUGCCCUGUCAUCGUCAAUGGCGGGCCGCAGUUGCCUGCAAGGCUGACGGAAGCGGUCGGCAACACAAGGUGCGCCAGCUUGAGGGCCCUUGGACGGAAAUUCCUGGCAGGCGCUUCCAUUGACACCGGAUCAGUUUUCCAGCGUCCACGGCUUCGGGUGCCGCUGCCAACCUAUCCGUUUGCCGACAAGAGCUACUGGGUGGCUGGCAAGCGAGCAGCGGCGGACCGCAGCACGCCCGGUGACGAUCCUGCAACCCGGUCGGCGCCGUCUGCAAAGCGCGGCGAGCCUGUCCGGGCGGCGGUUUCCAAACCAAAGAUAACCUUGGCGGAGCCGGCUGCCGAAGUUGCGGUCUCGCGCGGUUCCGCCGUCGCCCGAUCCGGAAAAGUCGUUCUCGCACCCCUUGCGGCCACUUCCGAAAAGGAAGUGAUGGCUGGCGAAGUCCUUUCAGAUGCGACUACAGAGGGCAUUCAUGUUCUGACUCUUUUGGGCAUCUGGGGGCCUCAACAAGCUGAUUUGUUCGCCCAGGCGCUUGAAAAAUCGGGCGUGGACGAAACCAUACGCGCGAUUGUAGUCGUCCUGGCGGAUGAUUGGGACACGUCAGGGGAUUGGCCAGCAGAGUUGGAAUCGGCAGUCUUGCUUGAGUGCGCUGUUCCGGUUGUGGUGUGUGCCGGUGGCGAUACGCCUGACCGGGCGAGCGCACUUCUUGCUGCAGCCGAUUUCAUUGUCGCAAGACGGUCUGUCGCACUCGGUAGGGAAGAACGGCGUGGUGCACUUCGGGUGGACGCCGGGCAGGAGUAUGACGCGGCCCUGGCGCUGGCGAAAGAUAUUGCACAGGGACCGCGGAAGUCGCUGGUUCUCUUGAAGCAGCACAUGCGUCGCGAUUUGCCGCAGCUUCUUGGUGACAACACAGCUGCGCUGUUCCCCUUGAAUGCGGUGCCUGCCCCCGAGGACAGGAAGCCACAUCCGUCUUCAAGACCGAUCACCUUGAAGACGGAUGUGAUGCGCCUUGAGCUCUUUGAGGAUGGGGUGGCUCUCAUAACCAUGCUGGAGCGGUCCGGCCGCAACAUGUUCACGCCCGAUUUCAUGGACGGACUAGAAGAGGCCUUCGGAACCGUCGCUUUGCUGCCGGAGGCCAAGGUGGUGGUGCUGACUGGGCACGACACCUAUUUCGCAUGUGGUGGUACCCGGGAAGGGCUCGACGAUCUUCAGCAAGGUGGUAGCCGGUUUACAGACCGGAAGAUCUAUUCCCUGCCAUUGGAGUGUCGCCUUCCUGUCAUUGCGGCUAUGCAAGGGCAUGCGAUCGGAGCCGGCUGGUCUCUCGGCAUGUAUUGCGAUCGCACGAUCAUGGCCGACGAGGCGAUCUACCAAAGCAACUAUCUGCUGCUGGGUUUUACGCCUGGAGCCGGGGCAACACUGAUCUUCCCCAAUAGACUAGGUGAUGAACUUGGAAGGGAAAUCCUGUUUUCGGCGCGGCAGUACCGGGGCAAAGACCUGACAGACAGAACAGAGCGUGCAACAAGUUAUCCGGCGCGCGAUGUGCUUGGUUUUGCCUUGGACGAAGCCCAUGCGCUGGCCAGGGAACCGGUUGAACGGCUGAUUGCCGUGAAAACAGGGCAUGCCGAGGGUGUCCGCUUUGCGCUGGAAAAGGUUCUUGAGUGCGAACUUGCCAUGCACGAGAAGACUUUCAUCGGCAAUCAGGACGUCAAACAGCGGAUCGCAGCCAAGUUUUCUUCCGAAACUUUAGGGUCCAAAGAGAGGGAACCUGAAAGAGAGCCUGAUCUUGACCGGUUGGCACUGAAAGCGGAUCUGAUCAUGUCAUUGGCGAGUGACCUGAUGAUUGACGCAUCUGACAUCCGGCCACAGGACACUUUCCUGGAACUUGGACUGGAUUCAAUUCUGGCCGUUACCUGGAUCCGCAAUCUCAACAGGCAGUUCGACAUCGCCUUACCGGCGACGGCCGUUUAUGCAUAUCCGACGGUUCAGGCUCUGACCGGUCAUGUUGCAGAGGUGAUUGGUGCCGGUAACGCAGAUGAACCGCGCGAGGAGGCCGAAGCCGGGCAGCAACCGGCUGCUGCCGCAUCCGUCGAAGGCACGGAGGAUGCAAGUGCCGUCGAUCAAGAUCUGCGGUCAGACAUCAUUAUCUCUCUCGCACAGGACCUGAUGAUUGAUCCGGGAGAGAUUUCCGAUCGAUCCGCCUUCCUGGAUCUCGGGCUGGACUCGAUCCUUGCCGUGACGUGGAUCCGAAAACUCAACGAGCAAUAUGAAAUCAAUCUCCCCGCGACGGCUGUUUAUGCGCAUCCAACCGCAGGUGCGCUCGUCUCGCAUAUCGCCGGGCUGAUCGCGGCGGCGGAAAAUCCGGUCGGGGAACGCGAAGAGCAUCAUUCGGAAGAGCCUGUUGAGCCGCCACCAGGUAGAUCCGGCCCGGCACCGGCCACGUUGCAUGCAGCAAAGACAGGACCAGUUACCGGCAGCGGAGCAAUCGCCAUCAUCGGCGCAUCCGGCAAGUUUCCAAAGGCGGAAAGCCUCGAGACAUUCUGGCAGAAUAUUGCGUCUGGCCGGGACUGUAUCGAUGCAGUUCCGUCCACACGAUGGGAUAUCGACCGGUACUAUGACCCUGAUCCUCAGGCUCCGGGAAAAACCUAUUGCAAGUGGAUGGGUUCCCUCGAAGGAAUUGACCGUUUCGACGCGGAGUUCUUCAAUGUCACGCCAUUGGAAGCAGUGUUUACGGACCCGCAGCAACGGCUUUUCCUGGAGACGGCUUGGCACGCGAUUGAGGACGCCGCGAUAGAUCCGGCACAACUUUCCGGCAGCCGGUGCGGCGUUUAUGCGGCGUCCGGUCCGAGCGGAUACCAGGGCCUGAUCGAGGAGGAGAAUACCUACAGUCUUCUCGGAAAUUCCGGGUCGAUCCUGGCCGCACGGAUUUCCUAUCUGCUCGAUCUGCGCGGAGCUUCGAUCUCGGUGGACACGGCAUGUUCCAGUUCUCUGGUCGCCAUCGCCCAGGCAUGCGAAAGUUUGCUGUCGGGCACUUCCGACCUGGCGAUUGCAGGCGGGGCGUGCGUUCUUAUUGGUCCGAAAAUGUUCAUAGAUACGGCCAAGGUGAGCAUGCUGUCGGCGGAUGGACGGUGUUUUUCCUUCGACGAACGCGCAAACGGCUUUGUCCCCGGAGAGGGGGUGGGUGUCGUCAUGCUGAAGCGUCUGGAGGAAGCGCAACGGGACGGCGAUCCGAUUAGAGCUAUUGUGCGCGGCUGGGGGACCAAUCAGGACGGGCGCACCAACGGAAUUACGGCACCAAAUCCGAAAGCCCAGACCGCCCUUGUCAAAUCGGUCUACGAAAGGUUCGACAUCGAUCCGGCGAGCAUUGGACUUUUGGAGUGCCACGGCACGGGCACGCCCUUGGGCGAUCCCAUCGAAGUGGAAGGAUUGACCGACGCGUUUGAAAAUGUUCCGGCAGGAUACAGUUGUCCGAUCGGCUCGGUAAAAUCCAACAUCGGUCAUUUGCUUGCUUCUGCGGGGGUUGCAGGGACCUUGAAAUCUAUGCUGGCGCUGGAACACAGGCAGAUCCCGCCUUCAAUCAAUAUCGACACACCAAAUCCCCAUAUCCCGUUUUCCAACACACCUUUUUCAGUCAGCAAGUCACUGGAGGAGUGGCAGCAAGACAAGACUGGUGCACCGCGGCGUGUCGCCGUCAGUUCGUUCGGUUUCAGCGGCACCAAUGCGCAUCUGGUUCUUGAAGAACACGUUGCGCGAACCAAGGAUUUUGGAGGGAUGAAGCCCCGUGCCUUCGUGCUGUCUGCCAAAGACAAAGAUCGUCUGAUCGACUACGCGGCAGAGGUUGAGCGCUUUGUCACCGCGCGGCAGAACAUCGAUCUGGACGGUCUUGCCGCGGCCCUGCAGGCGAGCCGGUCCGGAUUUUGCGACCGACUGGCCUUCGUCUUCAACGACCGGACGGAUCUUCUGCGCAAACUGGCAGCAGCAGCAAACGGGGUUCCGCUUGAGGGCAUGCACUUCACGUCAAACGGCAACACCAGUUCGUCGGGCUUCGAACAGGAUGGGGAAGUGCGGGCGCUGGGAGAGAAGUGGCUCCGGUCUGGUGAUGCGCGUCAAGUGGACAAGGCUUUGGCGCUAUGGGCCGCCGGCGUUGACUUGAGAUGGCCCAAAUCCGAAACUGCGCGGAUCAACUUGCCCGGCUACCCGUUCAGGAAAACUGCAUAUUGGCCAAAACCGGAAGCCGCCAACCACGAAAGCCCGGCAGUGUCCGAGCCUUUGACGGGUGGUCCGUCCUGGUUUGGCGAACAGGCGAUAGCGAGCGAAGUCGGCCAGAUGACUAUUCGAUUGAGCGGCGCCGAGCCCUACCUGACGACGCAUACAAGCGGCGAGCAAAGACUGAUGACAGGGCUAUUGCUGCCUGAAAUGUCUCGCAGCGUUUUGGAGCGGUUGACCGGCACGCGGGUCAACGGAUUGCAGCACCUGUUGUGGGGAGCGCCGGUUGCCAUAAACGGUAAGCCGCGCGAACUGAAUAUUUCGGUGAUGUCCGAUGCCGAAGGGUUGCUUUUCAGGGUCGAAGCUGACGGAGAGGACGGACAUCCAUGCCAUCUUGGAUCCAGCGUUUCCGGGGCUUUGGCAGCGCCCGCCGGGAAGACCCUGGCUGGCAAUCAACCGCUGCCGGGAACAGAAAUCACCGACGCGUUCCGAAGUUUUGCCGAAGUUUGUUCUAUUCACUCCGGUCCGCCGUCACCUGAGAUGGCACGGGUGGAUCAUGUAUGCCGUGACGACGCUGUGUUCUGGGCGAGGCUCACGCGCCCGUCGAAUGACGCUGCCGAAGCGGCGGGCAUGGUUUUCGAUCCCUUCAUUCUGGAUGCGGUCUGGCGCUUGCUGGCGUUCACAGUGUCGGACACCUCGUUUGAACAUGAUGGCCCGAAGGCGUUGCCGUUCCCCAUGAGUGUUCAGGCCAUGUAUGGCUUUAAACCUGCCAGCGAUCAGAUCACCGUGAAACUGUCUGCUGCAAGCGGAUCUUCCAAUGGUGUCACGGUGGAGGCCUACAAUACGGACGGAAAUGAAAGCCUGCGGCUGGUUGGUGUCAAAUUGACGACAUUGGAUAAGGUCCAGGGCUUUGCGAUCGAGGAGAACCUUCCCUCAUGCGGCAUAGAGGUGGAUCUUUAUGAGGCUGAAGCUGAUUUCGGCGGUGUCUGGAAUGCGGAGGCCGAAUGUGGCCGGACGUAUGAGUCCCUUCAUCUGAUUUCGCCGAAGUUCAACACUCAGGUCGCCGACUUUCCAAUGCCGGAAAGCUAUCCGCACUAUCCGAACCACAUGCAGAUGCUGGCCUAUAUCCGCUCCUAUGCAAGGGAGUUUGGUGUUUAUGACCGGGCACACUUCAAUGCUCCGGUUAGAAAACUCACGCAGGAAGGCGAAAACUGGCGGCUUCAGACACGAGCCGGGCAUGAUGAACUUUAUCCGCUGGUGAUUGUCUGCAAUGGCCUGCAGCGCGUCCCUCGAUAUCCGGAUCCUGCUUACUCUGGCGAUUUUCGAGGCGAAAUCCUCCAUGUCAGAGACUACAAGUCGGCGAGACAGGUUGCCGGAAAACGGGUUCUUGUGGUCGGUGGCGGAAACUCGGGGUGUGAUAUUGCCGUUGACGCCGCGCGAACGGCGCAAAGCGUCGCGCACAGUACGCGGCGCGGAUAUUACUACCAGCCGAAAUUCAUCUAUGGAAAACCCACCCCUCAAUGGAUGAUGGAGCUGGGGAACAAGUUUCCGACCAAAGAAGAAACGCUUGCUUACAUCGAGGAAGUCUUCAAGCUCGCCGGAUACGAUGGCACAGACUACGGUCUUCCGAAGCCUGAUUAUCCGCUGGAUGCGGCCCAUCCGGUGAUGAACUCGCUGUUGCUCUACUACAUUGGCCAUGGUGAUAUCACACCAAAAGGCGAUAUCGAAUGCUUUGAGGGCAAGACUGCCAUCUUCAGGGACGGAACCAGGCAAGACGUUGAUCUGGUGCUUUACGCAACUGGCUACAACCGCGAUUUUCCUUUUCUCGACAAAGGUUUGCUGGAGUGGAAGGGAGAUAUCCCUGAUCUAUUCUUGCAUUCCACGCCGCGCGAUCUGGACAACAUCCUGUUCAUGGGUUUCAUAAAUGCUGCGGGUGGACUGGGAGACGGGCUGAAAACCCAGGGUCUGUUCGUUUUGAACUAUGCCCGCGCCCUGUUCGGCAGGACGCCCGGCUUGGAGCAGUUCCUGAAAGCCAAGAAAACCGACACGCCGGAUCUCGGACAGAAUUACUUCAUCGAUUCCUACCGGCAUCAGUGGGAGGUCUCGGGAGGCGGCUGCAGAAUGAGCCCUGGCCCCAGCGACACGCGGACCCGAAUGGCUCAGCUUCUGGACAAGGAGCUGGUCGAGCGGGCACAUGUGCGCCUGGCUGCACAGGAUGCCACCCGGUUGGCACAUGCUGUCGCAACACCCCGGGAGGUGGUUGCCGCAUCCGACCUCCUCUCUGCCGAUGUCUGCAAGAUCGCAGCCGCAGCCUUGCGCAUUCCGGAAAACAAACUCGAUCCUCAGGAAAACCUGGCCAAUUUCGGUGUCGAUUCCAUUGCGAUCACCGAAAUCAUGGCGCAGAUCUCGAAACACUUCGCAAUUUCCGUAGCUCCAACCACAUUCUUUGAGGCCAAAAACCUCGAUGACCUCGGCGCGAUCCUGAUGGACCGGUAUGGUUCACCGAUCGAGAAACACUACGCCGCAUCGAUCAUGGAAAACACUCCGAUCGCGAAUUCUGCCAAUCGACGGCACGAGCGCGGCAGUGAACCUGGCGGCCAGGCGGACACAGCUGACACUCACGAGGGCGAAACCGGAGCCGAAAGCCGAUGGAUGCGUAGAUAUCGCGCGGUGUUCAAACCGGCAAAACCGAAUGAUGCCAAACCCAGGGGGACGGCAACAACUCAUGCGGAGCAAAGCAUCCCUCACGUGAAACCAUCGGAGCAAGAAGCGGGCGCUGUCCCGAUUGCCAUUCUGUCGAUGGAAGGCAUGUUUCCGCAAAGCCCGGAUUUGCAGGCAUUCGAAAGUCAUCUGGCAGCUGGCGAUGACUGUAUGGAGGAGGUGCCGGCAGAACGCUGGGACUGGAGGAGUGUAUUCGGGGAUCCCAAGAAGGGUGCCUUCACCGAUGUAAAAUUCGGUGGCUUCAUUCCCCAGGCCGAUCACUUCGACGCGGGUUUUUUCAGCAUCUCACCGCGCGAAGCAGAGUUGAUGGACCCGCAACACCGGCUGUUCAUGGAAUGUGUGUGGAGCCUGAUAGAGAGGGGCGGAUAUGCUCCAGGGUCGCUUGCAGGCCGAAAGAUAGGCCUCUUUUUGGGCAUCAACCUGCUCGACUACACCAACAUGGUCAAUCGCGCUGGAAUAAUGGACGCCCAGCAGCUUACGGGGCUCGGUCAUGCGUUUUGCCCGAACCGGCUGUCCUUCCUGUUGGAUAUCCAUGGGCCGAGCGAAGUGGUGGAUACGGCCUGUUCAAGCUCUCUCGUCGCGGUACACCGGGCCGUAAGCUGCAUUCGCUUUGAAGGCUGCGAAAUGGCGAUUGCCGGAGGGUCGAACCUGCUGUUGUCACCAAUGCAGCACAUCAUGUUUUCCAAGGUGGGAAUGAUCACGCAGGACGGCCGCUGCAAAGCCUUUUCCCGGGACGCGGAUGGGUAUGCCCGGUCCGAUGGUGUUGGGGCCGUGCUACUGAAACGGCUCGACCUAGCCGAACGAGACGGCGAUCCGAUCCUGGGUGUCAUUCGGGGAUCUGCUGAACACCAUGGUGGCAGCGCAACGUCCUUGACCGCACCGAAUCCGAAAGCGCAGGCCCGUUUGAUCGUCGAGGGGCUGAAACUUGCCUUCAAGGAACUUUAUGAAAACUGGGGCCUUGACCCUCCGGCGCAGGCGUUCAUUGGUCUGAUCAAGGUGCUGCUUGCGAUGAAAGGCGGGACGCUUUUCAAGACGAUCCACGCCGGUACUCCCAAUCCCUUGAUGGACCUUGAUGGCAGCCCGUUCUACCUGCUGCAGGAAGCCUCUGACUGGAAACGCGGGGCCAAUGUCCAUCUGGUCGUUGAGGAGUACCGCCGCCCUGCGGAUCUGCGUGAGCUUGCCUACACCCUGCAGGCCGGCCGGGACGCAAUGCGGUGCCGCGCGGUAUUCCUUGCAACAAGCAGCGAGGACCUUGCGCGGAAACUGGAAGUGUAUCUUGGCGGCGAUGCAACGGCCGCUAUCACCGGAAGGGUUCCGGGCGGGCGGCGCGGCAAAGCCGAUCCUUUGAAUCCUUCAGAAAGAAGCGCGGAAAUCAUCGCCCGGCAUUGGGCUGAGGGCGGCGACGUCGAAUGGGCGCGUCUUUAUGGGAAAGAGCGACCGCGCCGCGUAUCGCUUCCGGCCUAUGCGUUCCAACGCAAACGGUAUUGGUUGCCACUUGAAGAGGCAAACCCGCGGCAUGCAAAUGGCCCGCUCUCGCCACAGCCGGGGGAGGCGGGGCAGUUUGCUCUGGUUCUGACCGGCCAGGAAGUGUUCCUCGCCGACCACAAGGCUUUGAGGCAAUCCAGCGGUCAAUAUCUGACCCACGACGAGGUCUAUGCCGCUUUCGAUGGGAUUGGUCUGGCCUAUGGGGCCGGCCACCGCAUGUUGGCUGACAUAUCGCCGGAAUGGGACGUGCGUUUGCUCGACGACGACCUGGCUGCGCGUCCGGAUGAGCGGUAUCGCAUGCUCGCACGCCAAAUUCUCGAAAUUGCAAAGGGAGAGCUUUCCAGCGGUGAAGUUCUGAUCCAGUUGAUCCUGGAAGCCGCGGAAGACCAAACCGCGUUGGCAGGGCUGGCUUCCAUGUUCCGCAGCAUUCGCCGCGAACACCGUUCGAUAGGCGGUCAGGUUCUCUUGCUGUCUGAAAGGCCUUCUGCUGCGAACCUCCAGGCUGUGCUGACCAGGAAUGCUGCUGCCCCGGCAGGUGCUGUCCUCAGGCUUCAAAGUGGUGCGCUUACCGAAGAAAUUUGGGAAGAAGUGCCGGCAUCGCCCACGCCUGAAGACGUUCCUUGGCGGACGGGCGGUGUCUAUUUCAUUACCGGUGGAACCGGUGCGCUGGGACAAGGGCUUGCCCGGGAGAUUUUCACGCACGUCACCGAUUGCACUGUCGUGCUGGCAAGCCGGAGCGAUCCCGAUGCAGCGCUCGCCGACUGGAUCAGAAAGACCUCCGGCCUUCAUCACCUGACGGUUGAUAUGUCGGAUCAAGACGCGGUCAUGCGCUCUUUGGCAGACUUACGCCGCAAAUACGGACAGUUGAACGGCGUCAUACAUAUGGCCGGUGUCAUCGCCGAUGGAGUGUUUUCACAAAAAACACCAGAACAGCUGGACUGUGUUCUAGCGCCGAAGGUGUCCGGAGCAAUCGCCCUGGACCGCGCCCUUGGAACCGAGCCGCUUGAUUUUUUUGCGCUCUAUUCUUCGUUAUCAGGAGUUGUUGGAAAUCCCGGGCAAGUGGACUACGGCGCGGCCAAUGGAUUUAUCGACGGUUUUGCGCACGAACGCGAAAGCCGCCGCUUGAGAGGAGAAUGCCAGGGUCGCACGGUGUCGAUUGCCUGGCCGCUUUGGCGCGAUGGCGGCAUGACUUUGUCGAAGGUGCAAGAAGAUCUUAUGCGCCGAACGACGGGUCUUGCCCCGCUUGAGACCCAAAAUGGGGUGAAGGCGCUCUACGAAGCGCUCGCUGGCACUGCAUCCCGCGUCAUGUUUGCGACUGGCAAGGCUGAUCGCAUCCGCCGUUUUGUCGAAGAGGUUUUCAAACCGGAAACAGAAAUUCAGCAACCGCCGGUUCUACCUGUCGACACCGAAUUGUCCAAGAAAUCGGCUGACCCCGCAAUUUUGCACCGGCGGCUUCUGGAAAGCUUGACCGAAAUUGCCAGCGAGCAGUUGAAGGUCCAGCCGGAAGAUCUCGAUCCGGACGAAGAAUUGACGGAAUACGGUUUCGAUUCCAUCGGGUUCACCCAGUUUGCCAAUCGCCUGAACGAACACUUCGACCUCGAGCUGACGCCAACACUGUUUUUCGAGUUUCCGACGUUGGCGGGACUUGCAGCGCACCUGUGUGAUGAGAAACGCAGUCGCAUCGCUGUGGCUCUUGGCAUGGGCAUGUCGGGGUCAGAAGAUGAUGCACGAAACUCGGGCUUCGAAAUUCCCGGUGAUCCGACAGAGCCUGCGAAGUAUCUGGCACCCUCAGUCCCCGCUGCCGCGGUGAUCAAUGAGCGCCCGGACCGUCAGGAUGACGCGGUAGCCAUCAUCGGCAUGAGUGGUCAGUUCCCGGGCGCCCCGGAUGUGGAGGCUUUCUGGCAACUUCUGAAAGAGGGAAGGGAUGCAAUUUCGGAGGUUCCGCAAGACCGUUGGGACUGGCGGGACUAUUGGGGGGAUCCGCUGACGGAAUCUGGCAAGGGGAACGUCAAGUGGGGCGGCUUUCUCGAGGGCAUCGGAGAGUUCGAUGCCGCUUUUUUCGGUGUCACACCACCGGAAGCGCGGAUGAUGGAUCCACAACAUCGCCUGCUGCUCACGCAGGCGUGGCGGGUCAUGGAAGAUGCAGGAUAUGCUCCCUCGUCUCUCGCUGGUUCCGAUACGGGAGUAUUCGUCGGGACUGCAGACACAGGCUACAGUCGGCUGGUCGCGGAGGCGGGCAUUCAGGUCGAAGGUUAUUCCAUGACCGGAUUGGCCCCGUCUCUCGGACCGAACCGGAUCAGUUACUUCUACGAUUUUCAUGGACCAAGCAUUGCGGUUGAAACCGCGUGCUCAAGCGCCCUGAUCGCAGUGCACCGGGGCGUUGAGGCCAUACGCUCGGGUCAUUGCCUGCACGCGAUCGCCGGUGGUGUGAACACGUUGCUUCUUCCCGAAGCCUUCGUCGGAUUUGCCAAGGCAGGCAUGUUGUCGCCCGAGGGGCGAUGCAAGCCGUUUUCCUCCCGGGCAGACGGAUACGCCAGGGGAGAGGGGAUCGGGCUUGUAAUGCUGAAAUCCCUGGCGGCUGCCGAGCGGGAUGGUGACCGUAUUCUGGCGGUUGUCCGGGCGAGCGCGGAAAACCAUGGUGGCCAUGCUGCCUCCCUGACGGCACCCAAUCCCAAAGCGCAGGCAGAUCUCAUCCGGACCGCAUAUAGACGCUCAGGAAUUGAUCCGAGAACCGUCGGCUAUGUCGAGGCACAUGGCACGGGAACGCCGCUUGGAGAUCCCAUUGAAAUAGAAGCCCUGACGGCAGCUUUUUCCGACCUUUCCAGAGAGGCCGAAGCUGACUACGAGGCUGCCCCAAGCCAACAUUGCGCAAUAGGUUCCGUCAAAUCAAACAUUGGCCAUCUGGAACUUGCCGCCGGCAUUGCCGGUUUGAUCAAGGUACUGCUGCAACUUCGUCACGGCGAAAUCGUCAAGUCUUUGAAUUGCGGUGAUCCCAACCCGUAUUUGAAACUUGAAGGGGGUCCGUUUCAUCUGGCAGAUCGCGCCGAAAUCUGGAAGCCCGGUUUCACGGACAAGGGCGAAAAUCUCCCGCGGCGGGCGGGUGUCAGCAGUUUCGGGUUCGGCGGAACGAAUGCGCAUGUCGUUCUUGAAGAAUACCAACCUGCCAUCUCGCCACCAUCAGACUAUAGAGUUGACGAACCUGAGCUGAUCAUCCUGUCGGCCAGGACAGAAGCCCAGUUGAAGGAAACCGCAGAACGGUUCAUCCAGUUCCUGUCUUCUGGCAAAAACAUACCUGAGCUUUCCGAUAUUGCCUUCACGCUUCAGCAGGCCCGGGAAGCCAUGGAUUUCCGCCUCGGUUUCCUGGCGGGCAGUCAUUCAGUCCUUCUGGAGCGGUUGCAGGCUUUCGUCGACGGGCGCAAUACCGGAAAGCUUCAUGCCGGGAACCUGAAGUCCGGCCGCAAGAGAACUUCGGUUCUGGAAAACGACGGCCCGCUGCGGGAGGCGGCGGCCGGGCUUGCCACGAGGGGUCGCGCGGAUGAUCUCCUGGCGCUUUGGGUCGAUGGAUUUGGUGUCGAUUGGGCUACUGUUCGCAGAGGACGCCCAGGUGCCCGGGUGGCACUGCCGGGGUACCCUUUUUCCAGGACCCGCUAUUGGAUUGGUGAAACGCCGGGCCGUCAAAAGGCCUUCCUGCCGCACACUGCCUUCACUCAUGCCAUGGACGGCUCGGAAAGCUACCUGCGCGAUCAUCAGGUCCAUGGGUCCAAGAUUUUGCCCGGUGUUUUUUCGCUCGAGCUUUUGAGCCGGUGUUUGGCAAGCUCAACACGAGAUGCAACAGCCUUUGAGCUGACAGGCCAUACCUGGGUCGGGAGUGUUCCGGUGACCACGGGCGAGGUGGAGCUUGAAGUGUCGCUGCCGGAUGGCGCGGUUGAGAACGCGCGUUAUGUCAUAUCGGCGAAAUCCGCCGACGGGGUGCAGCGGCAUGCUGAAGGAGUUCUUCGCAAGCUGCUGUCCGUUUCCAGUCCGGCUCUGGACCUGCCUGCAGCACGAAGCAUCGCGGCGGAGCCGGUUGAUGUUGCUGAACUAUACCGGCAGUUUGAAGACCUUGGUCUGAACUAUGGUCCCGCACACCGCGGGCUCAACCGGAUUUGGCGCGGUGAAGACACGGCAGUCGCGCGCCUGGAACUGCCCAGGGAAGCGGAUACCGGCUUUGCCUUGCAUCCUUCCAUGCUUGACGGGGCUCUGCAGACCGUUCUUGCGCUGCAAGCAGAUGCUUCAGGCAGCAAUGAGCUUGCGCUGCCCUAUUCCGUCCGGAGCACGAAAGUCUACGGUACGACACACCCGGAGAUGUGGGCCGUUGUUCGGAAACGAGAUGCUUCUUUCGAUAUCAGCCUCUGCGAUGAUCUGGGCAAUAUCAAAGUCAUUUUCGAAGGUUUUGUGACGCGUAGUCCGGCUUCCGCUGGUACCAGAGAAGGUGCUGACACCGCGUUCGGCGAACCCGCACAAGAGGCCGGCCGUCAGAAGCAGACGCUGGAAAUCGUUACAAACAUUGCCGCAAGAACGUUGGAGGUGGAACCGUCAUCGCUGGAUGUCGAUACGGAGCUUGGCGACUUUGGUUUCGAUUCCGUCAGCAUGACUGGUUUUGCAACGCAAAUUAACGCUGAUCUCGGCCUUGAACUCACUCCGGCGGACUUCUUCGAAUUCGCAACCCUUGCCAGAUUGGCCGAUCAUAUCUGUGACGGCCUCACCGAUGAGCAGCUUGGUAUGUCGCGGCCAGGUCAGCAAGAAGGGGCCGUUGCAUCAGUACCCGGCAAGGCAAAGAAGUCCGGUGACGACGCAUCCAAGGCGGCGCAAGUUUCAUCCCUUCAGGCCGGUGAUGACCCGAUCGUGGUCGUUGGCCAAAGCUGUUGCUUCCCGAUGGCUGAGGAUGGUGAUGCAUUCUGGUCCAAUCUUGUUGCCGGACGCGACUGCAUAUCGAGAAUUCCAGCCGAUCGCUGGUCGUGGCAGGCAGUCGAUGGGAAUCCGAGAGAAGAGCCGGGAAAAACCAAUAUUCAUUGGGGCGGUUUCAUCGAUGGUGUUUACGAAUUCGAUCCGCUCUUUUUCGGUAUUUCGCCGCGCGAAGCCAAAUUGAUGGAUCCACAGCAGCGUCUGAUGAUGACGCAUGCCUGGAAGGCGAUUGAGGAUGCAGGCCAUUCGCCGCGCGGCCUAGCCGGGAAGAAAGUCGGGGUUUUUGUCGGCACUUCGUCCAGUGGCUACCGUGGUCAGAUCGGUAGCGACGCGGGAGGCGAGGGAUACGUCGCGACCGGCUCUGUGCCGUCCGUCGGUCCAAACCGGAUCAGCUAUUUUCUGGAUUUGCACGGGCCGAGUGAACCUGUCGAGACAGCGUGUUCCAGUUCGCUCGUCGCACUGCACCGCGCGGUUCAGGCUAUCAAGGUUGGUGAUUGUGAUAUGGCGCUUGUCGGCGGGGUGAAUACCAUCCUCACACCGGAAGCUCAUAUCAACUUUGCCCGGGCUGGUAUGUUGUCCGAGAACGGCCGUUGCAAGACUUUUUCUGCGGACGCAGAUGGCUAUGUCCGCGGCGAAGGCGUCGGCAUGCUGUUUGUCCGCCGCUUGUCGGAUGCUGAACGCGAUCGUGAUCCGAUCUUGGCCAUUAUCCGGGGAACAGCGAUCAAUCAUGGCGGCCAUGCCAAUUCUCUGACAGCGCCGAACACGAGUGCUCAGGCCGACCUUCUGAUGGCCGCCUAUGAAAACGCUGGGGUGGAUCCGCGAACUGUUGGCUAUGUCGAAGCACAUGGAACCGGAACCGCGCUUGGUGACCCGGUAGAAGUCAACGCUCUGAAAUCCGCAUUCCGGUCACCAUCGGGACAAACGGAAAUGCGGAAUACCGGCCUCUGUGGGUUGGGGUCGGUCAAGACGAAUAUCGGCCAUCUUGAGCUUGCGGCCGGGGUUGCCGGCGUGAUCAAGGUGCUCAAGCAGAUGGAGCACAGGACGCUGGCUCCAAGCCUGAACUGCAAGGAAAUCAAUCCCUACAUCGAUCUCGAUGGCGCUCCGUUCCGUGUCGUUCGAGCACUGGAAGAAUGGACACCACUUCCCGACGAGCGCGGUAUCGAACAGCCGCUGCGUGCAGGCGUCAGCAGUUUUGGCUUUGGCGGCGUCAAUGCCCAUGCGAUUCUGGAGGAGUACCGUCCUGAGGAAAAUCGGCAGCCUCUUCAUCCAGAAAAUGUCCCGUCGCAAAUCAUUGUGCUGUCGGCAAGAGAUAAAACCCGGUUGAACGAAAGUGCGCAAGCUCUGUUGAGGCACCUCGAUACCGGGCAAGUCCCUGAUGAUUGCCUUGCGGAUCUCGCCUAUACCUUGCAGGUCGGCCGGGCUGAUAUGGCAGUGCGUCUGGCAAUUGUCUGCAGGCAUUUGGAUGAUCUCCAGACGGACCUGUUGCGGUAUCUGCGGGGUGAGGCAGCGGAAACAGUGUUCGCCGGUCCUGAUAACUGGAGCCCGCCUCAAGGCGUUUUGCUUAGGCCUGGUGCCCACCCGGACGAAAUUGCCCGGCACUGGAUAGAUGGUGGAGAAAUAAACUGGAAGAUCGUCAAUCCCGGUUCACACCGACGGUUGAGAUUGCCGACUUAUUCCUUCGCCCGGGACAUAUUCCGGAUCGAGACGGACAGCGCGGACGGUGAUGGACAGACCGGGAAUGCUGCUGCAUCUGCCGCCAAUAUUGUCGAGGCAGAUGCGUUUUACCUCAAGGAUCAUGUCGUGCGAGGCAACCGCAUCUUGCCUGGAGCGAUGAGUCUCGAGAUUGCCUGUCAGGCCGCGCUGGCAUCACCGGGUAUUGCCCAAAUACCGUUCGCUCUGACGGACGUGACGUGGCGUCGGCCGGUUGAACUCAACGCGGGUCUGAAAGCGCUCAAGGUCCUGUUUGGAGAUCAGGAAACCGCGUCAGUGCCAUUCAAGCUUGUGCCGGAAACCGGAGAGCCGGUCCCAUAUGUCACGGGUAAGGUCUCCGCUCUGCCGGCUGCCAUCCAGCCCUCAACAGUUGACCUGAACAGUCUUCACGAGAUUUGCCGGACAGCGCAUGACCCGGAUUGGCUUUAUGCCUGUUACUCGGCUCUUGGUAUCGAUUAUGGCCCCUCGCUCCGCGCGAUUACGGAGUUGAGUACGGGAGGCAACGGCGUCCUUGUCCGGUUGCGUGUGCCGCGUGUGAUCGCGGAUCAGGAAGGUGAUUUCCUGCUGCACCCCAGCAUCCUCGAUGCCGCUUUUCAGGCUGUUCUUGUUGCCUUUGCCAGUGAUGGUGACGCGGGGCUCGCUCUGCCCUUCGCGAUCGAUAGAUUGACGGUUUACGGCCCGACGGUUCCGGACAUGUGGGCGCAUCUGUCAGUUUUGCCGGCAGCAAGCGGCAUUCGAAAACUGAACAUUGAUCUGCUCGGCGAGACGGGCAAAAUCUGUGUCCGACUUGAGGGUUUUUCGCUGAAGGAGCUGAAGGCUCCAGUCACGGAACGGCCAUCUGCUGUUGCUCAAGCGACCGGGUCUGGCGCACCGGCAGGGAUUGCUGCCGGGCAGUAUUUUGCCGAAUUGAUCGCACGGGAAACAGAAGUUGAAAUCUCGCUGAUCUCAUUGUCAGCACCUCUUGAGGAUUACGGUAUCGACUCGGUGCUGAUUAUGCGCCUGACGGACCUUCUGGAGCGCGAUUUCGGGAAACUGCCCAAAACAUUGUUCUUUGAGCACCAGUCUCUGGAAGAGUUGAUCGGAUACUUUCGUGAACAUCACGGGCAACGGCUUGCGGAGAUGUUUGGCGGAGAAGGGAACCAGCGGGAUUUCGUCGCUUCGACACCUGCGCUCCAGAACGUGGCGCCCACGGGUGAGCGCUCCAACGACGCGAUCGCGAUAAUUGGGCUCUCCGGUCGGUAUCCGGGUGCCCGAACACUACAGGAAUUCUGGCAAAACCUUGCGGCGGGGCGUGAUUGUAUCACCGAGAUUCCCGAAAACCGGUGGGAUCACUCCGACCACUAUGACCCCGAGCGAAAACCAGGGAAAACCACAAGCAGGUGGGGCGGUUUCAUCGAGGGACAUGAUCGUUUCGAUCCGAUGUUUUUCAACAUCGCUCCGCGCGAAGCGCAAUUUAUGGAUCCCCAGGAGCGGCUGUUUCUUCAAUGUGCCUGGGAAACACUUGAGGAUGCGGGCUAUACGCGGGCGUCUCUCACCGGCCAUGCAAACGGCCAUGCAAACGGUCUGACAGGCGCCGAUGCCGGCGUUUUUGUCGGGGUCAUGUGGGAGGAGUAUCAGCUCUAUGGCCGCGACAUGGCUGCUGCCGGGCAUCCGGUUGCACUGUCAGGCAACCCGGCUUCCAUCGCAAACCGUGUCUCCUAUUUUCUGAAUUUCAACGGGCCAAGCCUUGCGCUCGACACCAUGUGCUCGUCGUCCCUGACGGCUAUCCACCUGGCCUGCGAAAGCUUGCGGGGUGGCGGAUGCUCCGUGGCUCUUGCGGGCGGGGUCAAUCUGACAACCCAUCCCAACAAGUACCUCGCACUGGCACAGGGACGUUUUCUGUCCAGCGAAGGUCGAUGCGAAAGCUUCGGUGAGGGCGGUGACGGCUAUGUCCCCGCAGAAGGCGUUGGAGCUGUCUUGCUCAAACCGCUGAGCCGGGCGGAAGCCGAUGGUGAUCGGAUCUACGGUGUUAUCUUAGGGUCAGCGCUCAACCAUGGCGGCAAGACCAACGGCUAUACCGUGCCCAAUCUGUCCGCUCAGUCGGCCGUCAUUCAAAAGGCGCUGUCGAAUGCCGGCAUAACCGCGCAAGAAGUCAGCUUCGUCGAGGCCCACGGCACUGGCACCAGUCUCGGCGAUCCGAUAGAAAUAGAAGCUCUGACCCGCGUUUUUGGCGGGGUUUCGGACCGCUCCCGCCGAUGUGCUAUCGGUUCCGUGAAAUCCAAUAUCGGACAUGCGGAAAGCGCGGCGGGAAUUGCGGGUCUAACCAAAGUGCUGCUGCAGUUUGAACACAAGCAGAUCGUGCCGUCGUUGCACUCGGACCGUCUCAAUCCUCAUAUCGAUUUUGAUGCCUCGCCCUUUCAAGUCCAGCAAAAGCUUGCAGCCUGGGAAACAGACUGGAAUGAAGGAACUGCCCAAGCCAGGAUCGCCAGUCUUUCCUCCUUUGGGGCCGGAGGUUCGAACGCCCAUUUCGUGGUAGCGGAGUAUGAGAAGGAAACGCAGCCCGUUUCGCCAAUUGGUUCUGCGGUCUAUCCGUUUUCGGCCCGGGACGCGGAACGUCUGUCUGUCCUUCUCUCCAGAUUUCGAAACCACCUGAAACAGCUCGAAGACAAAGACAUGCCGUCUGUGGCCUAUACGCUGCAGGAGGGGCGGGAAACUUUUGAGCAGCGUUUGGCGAUUGUCGCCGAUGAUAGGGCUGAUCUGGUGAACAAGCUGGAUUGCUAUCUGGCGGACGCUCCUGCGAUUGAGGGAAUUUUUCAUAACGGCGCAAAGCGCCAAACGCGCGAGGGUGUUCCCCCAAAUCGGUAUUCCGAGACAGCUGACCGGUGGGUGCGUUUUGGUGAUGUCGAUUGGGCUGCGUUGAGGGUGGACCGGGACCCGUUGCCAAUCAGUCUUCCGACCUACCCGUUUGCGGAAGACUAUUGCUGGCUGCCCGAUACGGCGCCUCAAACCUUGACCCCGUCCGGACCAUCGAAACACCGGGAAAUGCUGCCGUUGUUAUUUGAACCGGUUUGGGCAGAGACCCCGCGUCCAGCCGGAAGGAAUGCCUCCGUUCAAAACCGCUACUGUGUGCUGUGCGGGGUGAGAACUUCCCACCCGUUGUUGGCUGAUGAGCUGGAGCGGCGUGGUGUCACGGUUCUUAGCCUCGCAACCGAGGAGACUGAGCCGCAUGCGGUAUUUGAAUCCUGCGCGCUGCAGCUAUUCACGUUUUUAAAGACACUGUCGGGAGGGCCGCUAAAGGCCACGCUUCAAGUCGUGGUGCCGACGGACAGGCAUGGCAGUUUGUUGGAAGGCUUGUCCGGUUUACUGCGCUCCGCCGCUCUGGAAAACAAGGAAUGGUCCUGUCAACUUGUCGGCACAGAUACGUGUGCGGGCAAUUUUGCGGACUGCUUGGAAGCUGAUGCGCAUACCGCCGGAACACAGUGUGAAAUUCGGUAUUUGUCUGGUUUGCGUUUCGUCCGCUCCUGGAAUGAAAUUCAGCCUGAUAGGACUGAUGAGACCAGACCAUGGAAAGACCGGGGCGUGUAUCUGCUGACCGGAGGCGCAGGUGGUGUGGGUCUUCACAUUGCCCGCGCAAUUGCAGAUGGGACCAAAGAACCGAUCCUGUGGCUGACGGGGCGCUCCGCCCCUGACCAGGUGAUCGAACAGCAGGUGCGCGAUCUGGAAAUGACGGGAGCGACGGUCCGUUACCGUCCGGUCGAUAUCACUGACAAGGCAGCGGUUUCGGCUCUGCUGGACGAAAUUCGGAAAUCCGAUGGUGAUCUGACCGGUGUCUUCCACGGAGCGGGGGUUACGAAGGACGGCUUGCUGAGUCGGAAGACAGAGACCACAUUCAAAAGCGUUCUUGCUCCAAAAGUUGCCGGAGCAACAGUGCUCGACGAAGCUAUCGGUUCCAUGCCAAUCGAGUUUUUUGUGUUGCUGGCCUCCGCGACCGGUGCUCUUGGAAAUCCCGGCCAGACCGAUUAUGGCACGGCCAACGCCUUCCUUGAUCGCUUUGCAGCCUGGCGCAAUGUACAAGCGGAGGCGGGCUUGCGCCGGGGUUGGUCAGUUUCCAUAGAUUGGCCUUACUGGCGCGAUGGCGGUAUGCAGAUGGACGCCAAUACAAUCCGGCUCAUGGAUCGCAGCGCCGGAGUCCGGCCAUUGGAAACGGGACCGGCAAUAGCGGCGCUCGAUGUGAUCGUGGCCUCUGUUGAACGGGAACAGGUUCUGGUUCUUGAAGGCGAUCAUGCCCGGUUGCGCGAGAUGAUGAGACCCGGAGACGGGUCAUCCUCCGAGAAACCGGAAAGCACCAUCUCAAAAGUAACAAUGACCGGAACUUCCGCAAACGAAGCGGGAGCUUCCCGACGCAUGGCAAUUGUUGCUGCGAUCAAGACAGCUUUUUCCAAGUGUCUCGGUAUCCCGGAAGAUCGGUUGGACGAGGAGAGCACAAUCGACCGGUUCGGUGUAGACUCCGUGUCCGCGCUGGAGAUCGUUGAGGCCAUGGAGCGCGAUUUUGGCCCGCUGUCGCAGACCAUUCUGUUUGAGUUUCAAACCAUCGGCCGUCUGGCAGACGAACUUCUCGGGCGAGGGGGAACCGCAUUUGACGGAACGUCGGACAGCGCUGAGCUGUUGGCACCGCCGUUGAGAGAAAGCGCUUCUGAACGGGAUGGUUCACCCAGGGAUCGGGAGAUCGCGAUCAUCGCGGUCGCCGGGCGUUUUCCGGGUGCGGAGACGAUUGAGGGUUUCGCAGACCUUUUGCGCGAAGGCCGUGAUUGUGUGACAGAGAUCCCGGAGGACCGCGCACAUCUUUUGAAACGAUACUCUUCGUCCAAAGGAGAACCGGGCACCAGCUAUUGCAAAUGGGGAGCCUUCCUGGAAGGUGUCGACUGUUUCGAUGCCGAUUUCUUCGGUUAUUCACCCCGCGCGGCGGAUCUUGCGGAUCCGCAGGAACGGCUGUUUCUGGAAACAGCCUGGCAUCUUUUUGAGCGCGCUGGCCAUACCCGGCCGUAUCUGGCCGAACACUAUGACAAGCGCGUCGGCGUUUUUGUCGGAGCCAUGUACAACCAGUAUCCGGGCCUGGCCGUCGAGGAAGAUGCCAAGGCCUUGCUGGCUUUGAACUCGUAUUCGGCGAUCGCAAAUAGGGUCUCUUUCUUUUUUGACCUCCAGGGGCCGAGUAUCGCGCUGGACAGCAUGUGCUCGUCAGGUCUUCAGGCCGUCCAUCAGGCCUGCCAAAGCCUCAACGCCGGCGAAUGCCAGUUGGCGCUUGCCGGUGGUGUCAAUCUCACCAUUCACCCUUUGAAAUUCGAGGCCUUGAGCCGUGCCGGACUGGUUAGCUCUGAUCCGCAGAAGCGGUCCCUUGGUGCAGGAGAUGGAUAUCUACCUGCCGAAGGUGUGGGAGCCGUGCUGCUGAAACCGCUGGAUCGUGCCUUGGCAGACCAGGACCAGGUGCUGGGUGUGAUCAAGGGAGGUUUUGCAAAUCAUUCCGGCCAUUCCGCCGGAUACGCCGUCCCAAAUGCCGACGCACAAGUCAAACUGCUUCAGGGGGCAUACGAGAGCGCCGGUAUUGAUCCGGAUACGAUUGACUACAUCGAAGUUGCGGCAACCGGGUCCAACAUGGGCGACAGGAUUGAGCUGAGGGCUCUAUCCAAUGUUUUCGCCGGACGUCCGGGGCACGAAAAUGCCGUUGCCCUCGGGUCUGUGAAGACCAACAUGGGCCAUGCAGAAGCCGCUUCGGGUUUGGCCCAGUUGACAAAGGUGCUGCUGCAGUUUCAGCACCGCGAGUUGUUUCCGUCAUUCGUCAAAGGAGGUUAUCCGUUCGCUCGUGAACGCCACUGGCUGAAGUCCGAGGCGCAAAAGGGGCUCUGGGUUUACCAGUCACUAUAUCCCGGAAGCUCAGACUACAACGUUCCAAUGGCCUUCAAAUGCACCUCGGCGGACAGGCGGGCCCUGCAGCAGGCGGUCGAUUGGCUGGUCUUGCGCUAUCCAAUCCUGGCAACCAGGGUUGUUCUUGACGGCGAGACAGCAGCCCUGACCGCAAUGUCAGGCAGCAUCGAGGUCCAGCCGAUCACGCUUUCGAAAGAGAUCGAAACAGAGGCUUGUCUGAAACAGCAAGCUGCCAUUCCGUUUGACCUCGACAAAGGUGUUUUCCGCGUUGAGCAUGCGGCAGGCGGAAAGCUGGACCGUCAAGAAAGUAUUUUUCUGAUCACGGCGCACCACAUCAUAACCGAUGGGCUCACAUCUGAGAUUUUGGCGCGGGACUUUUGGAGUGCCUAUGCCCAUUUCGCUUACGGUGAAUCAGCGCCUGAGGCAAAAAGCGAUUUGUCAGCCGAUUAUGCCGACUUUGCCGAGUGGGAGGCCGGUUUCAUUCGCUCACAAAAAGGCCAGGAACAGAAAUCAUAUUGGCUGGACAUGCUCAAGGGGCCGCUACCACGGUUGCAAUGGCCCAUUGCCGACAAAGUCAGACAUCAAGAAACCGGUGCCAGCGAGAGCCUGGUGGUGAGAUUGUCUGACGAUCUCGCCGGCAGACUGGACCAACGCGCCAGAGAGCGGCGUGUUAGCGCGAGUUCUGUCUAUCUGUCCGCAUUCGCGUCAAUUCUUUACAAAUAUACCGGCCAACAGGACCUUGUGAUCGGUAUCCCGGCGCUUCGCCGCCCAAUGCGGCGAUUUGCGGAAACAGUCGGUUACUGUGCCAACAUCGUCGCCCUGCGGUUGGCUAUCGAUCCUGGUCAAACGGACGCUGAAUUCGCGGACUUUGUCGACAGGGAACUCGCAGCCGGACUUGCCAAGAGCGAGUACCCAUUUGCUGAAGUCGCCCGUGAGACUGGCGGUACCGAGACCGGUGAAGCACCCUAUGAGGUGACCUUCGCCUACCAGGGGUUCGGCGAUCGUUUGCGCGAACACCCUGUAUUUGCCCGCGGCGAAGUUGAGCUGAUGCCUGAGAUACGGCAGACGGGUGGUUCGGUGUUCGGAAUAGAAGUUCAAAAGACUGGCGGCAAUGUUCGCCUGGUUGCCAACUUUGAUAGCAACCUUUUCCGGUCCGACACAGUGGCGCUGAUGCUGCAGCACUAUCAGGAGAUGUUGGAAUUUAUGGCGGGGGGCAGCGGGCUUUCCCUUUCGAAAAUGUCGGUUCUGACCGCUGCCGAAGAAGACAGGGCGCUGCAUCACUGGAACCGGUCGGGCAGGGCGGCAGUUGCCGAAACACCCAUCCAUGAAUUGAUCCUGAACCAGGCCAAAAGGACACCUGGCGCCGUCGCGAUUUCAGGGAAUGGCACUAACCUGUCCUACAAGAAGUUGGUUGCCAGAAGCCACGAGAUUGCAAGAUCGCUUGAAAGUUUCUCGCUCAAACGCGGCGACCGCAUCGCUGUCCUGCUGGGACGCGAGAGCGACGGAAUUGCAACGUUGAUGGCUGCCAUGAGCGUCGGUGCUGUUUGGGUGCCGAUCGACCCGGACCUGCCUAAGGAACGCGUUGCCUUCAUUUUGAAGGACGCGGGUGCCUUGGCAGUGGUUUCUAAAGGCGACUGGGUCAAGAAGCUGAGAGAUCUUCCAAACCCGCCCAGGCACGUUCUGGAUCUUGAGAAUCGACGGAGCAGCCUAAAAAGCCGUUUCACCCGGUUGUCUGUCCGAAACGUCAAGCCGGACGAUCCCGCCUAUAUCAUCUACACCUCAGGUUCCACGGGCCGGCCAAAGGGUGUAAUUGUUUCACACAAGGCAUUGUCCGCGCACUGCCAGAUCAUUGGCGAAGAAUACGGCUUGUCUCCACGAGAUGUGGUGCUGCAGUUCGCUUCCACCUCCGUCGACACUGCACUGGAGCAAAUACUGCCGAUCCUGACCGUGGGCGGGCGUCUGGAACUGCACCCCAAGGAUCUUCAGUCACCCGGGGCAUUUUUGACAUUUCUGAAAAAGGCAGGCGUAACGGUGGCGGACCUGCCUCCUGUUUAUCUCAGUGAACUCCUGAGAUCCUGGACAAUGAACGAUGAGGACCUGACGGCACUGCCAUUGAGGCUGCUUGUCGUUGGCGGCGAAGCAUUUACACCUGAUCUGCUGAGCCGUUGGAAGGCCUGCGAUCUGCCCGACCGGCGUCUGAUCAACGCCUAUGGGCCAACCGAGGCGACGAUCACUGCGCUUGUCUAUAACGUGAAGGCCGAUGGUUUUGAGGGAAGCGUUCCGAUCGGACGGCCUCUGCCUGGCACAGAAAUCUAUAUCCUUGACCAAGACGGCAAUCCGGUGCCCGACGGCAUCAUUGGAGAAUUGCACAUUGGCGGAGACCGGCUGGCGGACGGAUAUCACAACCAACCGGACCUGACCGCCGAAAAGUUUUGCAUGUACAGCCUCAACAAGAGAACGAUCAGGUUGUACAGCACCGGGGACCUCGCAUCUUUCCGACCCCACAGUGGAGGACUUGUCGAGUUUCACGGCCGUGUUGAUGAUCAGGUGAAGGUGCGGGGGCACCGGAUCGAGCUUGGAGAAGUGGAAGCUGCAAUUUCGGCAAACGGAAUUGCCGAAGUGGCGGUUGUCCUGGAAAGCAAUUCGGCGGGCGACCGGGUUCUGACAGCUUAUGUCGGUUCGGUUGAUGAUCGGGUUCAAUCAGCUGAGUUGAAAAAGAAUGUUACAGAAAUGCUCCCGGCCUACAUGGUGCCGGUCGAGUGGGUCAUUGUUGAGGGAUUGCCCAAGACAGUGAGCGGCAAGAUUGAUCGCACAUCAUUGGCAGAAUUGAAGAAGACACGCCGCCGGAACAUGGGCGAACCAGGGGGGCGCACGCACGGUUGGCAUGAAAGCCGGCUGGUUGAAAUCUGGAAUGAGGUGCUCGGCAAAGACCUUGCCACGAGCCAGCUUGGUGCUGAUGACGAUUUCGGAGAGGCAGGCGGUAACAGUCUGCUGACCAUUCGGCUCUUGAGCCGUAUUCAAGAGGUUUUUGGAACGGAGCUGUCGGUUACCGAUCUGGCAAGGGCCAAUACGAUAUCGGGCCAGGCCAGGUUGCUUCAGGACAAGAAUGAAGAAGGAGCGAUUGAAAACCCGGGUCCGAUUGUGGUGCCCUCAGGACAAGGGACUUUGCUUGUAAAACUGAAAAAUGCCGCCCCGAGCGACAAUGCAAAGCAAGAAAAACCGCUUUUCCUAUUGCAUGCAGCGGCCGGAACCUUGGGCUUUUAUCAGCCACUUGUGGAUGCCUGGACCAUGGAUACGCCCCUUUAUGGACUGCGUGCCAAUGGACUGAGGCCCGGCGAGGAUUGCAAGCCGCAAAGCGUAGAGGCACUGGCAUCAGGUUGUUGCGAGGAAAUUCGCAAGGUGCAACCUGAUGGGCCAUACCGCCUGUGCGGCUGGUCGUUUGGCGGUAUCGUCGCUUUCGAAAUGGCGCGGCAGCUUUCCGAAAACGGGCAGGAAGUCAGCUUUCUGGGGCUGGUCGACAGUUAUGCGCCCGAUGAUUUGCGGGCUUUCGAACAGACUGAAGGGCUUGAGGAAGCCGGUUUUGAAAUAGCGUGUGAAAGAGCGUUUCUGAGAGACUUGUUCGCAGCGGAUGUGGAGAUUGAGCCGGAUCAGGAUGUUGUCGAACAGGCACUCGGGUUCCCUCAGUUUGAAUUGAUGUUCCCGGGGGGCACGGCGGAGGAUCUGCACCGGUUGUUUGCCGUCUAUUCGGCGAACUACAAGGCAGCUCUCGAAUACGUCCCCGAGCGGACGGAUGUAUCGAUCCAUCUGGUUCGGGCGACAGAGGGAGCCGACGGCGAUUACCUGGACGGCUGGUCUGCACUGACGAGCGCAAAGGUUCAGUUGCAUCGCGUUGAUGCCAACCACUUCUCGGUCAUCCACAGACCUGAGUUGAAGGAAUGGCUUUCAAGCCGGCUUGGCACGCGGCAGAAGCCCUGA